AUGAGAAAUCACACAGCAGUAACAGAGUUUAUUCUACUGGGAUUGACAGAUGACCCACAGUGGCAGGUUGUACUGUUUACAUUUCUUCUUAUCACAUACAUGCUAAGUAAUUCUAACUUCAAAAGUGUUACUGGAAAUAUGACCAUAAUCCUGCUCACACUACUGGAUUCCCACCUCAAAGCACCCAAGUAUUUCUUUCUUCGAAUGUUUUCAUUCUUAGAAACCUCAAUAACGUCUGUCUGCAUCCCUACAUACCUGUUCAGCAUUGUGACUAAGGACAAAACGAUUUUUUACGAUGCUUGUGUGGCACAAUUGUUCUUCACCAUUUUCUUAGGUGUAUCAGAAUUUCUCCUCUUGGCUGCCAUGUCCUAUGACCGCUACGUGGCCAUCUGCAAACCCCUUCACUACGUGACCAUUAUGAACAACAGCGUGUGCACCCAGCUGGUGGUUACCUCUUGCUUGGCUGGGUUGUUAACAAUCUCUCCUGGACUUCUCAUGGGCCUGGAUUUGGAAUCCUGUGAUGCCAAUAUUAUUGAUCACUUUGCUUGUGACUAUUCUCCUGUCCUAAAACUCUCCUGCACAGACACACAAGUGAUAGAAUUAGGAAGCUUUAUUUUAGCCAGUAUCACACUCCUUAUUACAUUGGCACUGGUGGUGCUCUCCUAUGCAUACAUCAUAAGAACAAUUCUGAGAAUCCCUUCAGCUCAGCAGCAGAAGAAAGCUUUCCCUUCCUGUGCCUCCCACAUGAUUGUUGUCUCCAUCUCUUAUGGUAGCUGUAUUUGUUUGUAUAUCAAGCCUUCUGCAGAGGAAAGGGUAGCGUUAAACCAGGGGGAUAGCAGUCUCACCACUUCAGUUGCACCUGUGUUAAAUCCUUUUGUAGUCACCCUAAGAAAUAAACAAGUGGAACGAGUCUUGAAGGACGUCAUUUUUAAAAAUGUCUUUACUACCUCAAGAUGA